AUGACGCAGCCUCCUAGCGUUCUCAUCUCUCCACACGAGAUGGAGGCCUUUACCUUUGCCGUGACCACCCAGGUGGACCUUCCAAUCCGUGUCAAGAUCGGCUCGUUGGAAGGAAAGCAGAAACCGAUCCUAGGCAGUGCUCUGUAUGCGAGCCCCGAGCUCAGACAUACUGGGUCUGUCCAGGACCCCGCAUCUGACCUUUAUGUCACUGUACAGCUAUGGUCCGAAUCAAAACCCCUUGGCGUUCCCAUGAGGACCCGAUACAAGGCAUUUAAAAGUGCCCGAGUAUGGAAUGAGUGGCUACAAUUGCCAGUGUCGAUCAAGGACGCAGAGCGCAAUGCCCAACUCGCUAUCACAAUCGUCGACUUGUCACCAUUGGCUCGUGAUCGAAUUACUCAUGUGCCAUUUGGGGGGACAACGAUUAGCUUGUUUGACGAGGACGGGAAACUGAAGAUGGGGAGACAGAAGUGCAAAGUCUAUCUACAUAAGAGUGCGGACGGCUCUGUUUCAACCUCAACCCCCUCUACUCCACGGCCAAAACGCCGGAAGCCAAAUACCAGGGACCCUUCACAGCAGUCUUCCGAAGAGGCGGAAUUGGAACGGGUGGAAGUCUUGAUCAAAAAGCAUGAGAUGGGCGAAAUACCACGUGUUGACUGGAUGGAUCAGUUACUCUUCCGUCAGCUCGAGAAGCUCAAGCUAAAUGCAGACCAAGCAGCCCACAAGCGAGCCCUUGAACUCGAAGCAGCUACCAAAGAACAUGCGAAGGACCCAGACGAUGAUUUUGAAGAAGAGAAACCGGAAGACGAAUACUUCGAGCUUUACGUCGAAUUGCCACGCUUUGACCACCCUAUCGUUUGGGCAGACCACGAGUAUCCCCCACCACCUAUCUCCGCAUGGUCUCAGAACCAGUCCGCCCACACAGACUCAACCCUCAAGCCAGUACCAGAGGUGCAUUUCGGACCUGGGAUCGCCCGCGCCGACCCCCACAAGGUUAUCAGAAUCUAUGAUCCCGAGGUUGGGCAGAUUGGCAACGCCUGUGAGGAUAAGCACCGGCGUCUGAUCAGAAGCCAUCGAACUGGUAUCAUGGACCGAGACUUGAAGCCCAACCCCAAGAUCCGAGAUGAUCUCAACAUGAUCAUUUCUUACGAGCCAACCCAAGACCUGACUGCCGAGGAGAAGGAUCUUGUGUGGCGAUUCCGUUAUCAUCUCACACGAGAGAAGAAGGCACUUACUAAAUUCGUCAAGUCUGUCAACUGGCGGGACGUCGGAGAAUCGCGCCAAGCGGUGGAAAUGUUCCCUAAAUGGACGGAGAUUGAUGUCGACGAUGCUUUGGAAAUUUUAGGACCAACAUUCGACAAUCCUGCGGUUCGCUCAUAUGCCGUUGAAACGCUGCGAAAGGCCGAUGAUGAGGAGCUACUCCUCUAUCUGCUGCAGUUGGUCCAGGCUCUGAAGUAUGAUGCAACUCCGGAGAAUUUCCCUGAUGCUGCUCCACAGGAGUCUUCGCUUGCGCACUUCUUGAUCUCUCGCGCUGCCAAUAAUUUCAAACUUGGCAACUACUUGCAUUGGUACCUCAUGGUUGAGUAUGACGAUGCCGAUGCAGCGCAGCGUCACCUUAUCACGCGCGUUGAAUAUUACUUCAUGCUUGAGUUGGAGAAGCUUCACCCCGACCAUCGGAAGACGCUCCGGCGCCAAGGCGAAAUGGUUGUCGUGCUUUCGAAGAUUGCCAAGGACAUUCGGUUUGCUCGCGAGAACCGAGUAGGCAAGAUUGAGAUGUUGAAAAAGUCACUCCGAGAUCCCCAAAAUGACUUGGUCAACAUUGAUCCACCAUUGCCUCUGCCAUUGAACCCCGAUGUGGCUGUCACUGGCUUGUUCCCCGAAGAAUCCAAUGUCUUCAAAUCCACUCUUUCGCCUCUACUAAUUACGUUCAAAACAUCUGAUGGUGAUCGCUAUCCAAUGCUGUUCAAGGUCGGUGAUGAUCUUCGCCAGGAUCAAUUGGUUAUUCAAAUCAUCAUCUUGAUGGAUCGCCUCUUACAAAAAGAGAAUCUUGAUCUCAAGUUGACACCCUAUCGAAUCCUUGCUACCAGCGCAACCGCCGGCGCUGUGCAGUUCAUUCCUUCCAUCUCCCUUUCUGCGGCGUCUGCCAAAUACAAGUCCAUCCUCGCUUAUCUCAAAGUGAACAAUCCAGAUGAGAACGAGCCCCUUGGGGUGCGCAAGGAGACGAUGGACACAUAUAUCAAAUCGUGUGCCGGAUAUUGCGUGAUUACUUAUCUGCUCGGUGUUGGUGACCGUCAUCUGGAGAAUUUACUUUUGGCUCCGGAUGGUCACUUCUUCCAUGCCGACUUUGGUUUCAUUCUUGGUCGUGACCCGAAGCCUUUCGCGCCCAUGAUGAAACUUUGCAAGGAGAUGGUCGAGGGCAUGGGUGGCACUACCUCGCCUCAUUACCUCCAAUUCAAACAAUACUGCUACACCGCCUACACGACUUUGCGCAAGUCUGCGAAUUUGAUACUGAAUCUGUUCAGUCUGAUGGUGGAUGCCAAUAUCCCAGACAUUCGCGUGGAGCCCGACAAGGCGGUCCUGAAAGUGAAGGAGCGCUUCCAUCUGGAGAUGACGGAGGAAGAAGCCAUCCGCCACUUUGAGCAACUCAUUGCGGAUAGUGUCAACGCUAUAUUUGGUGUGGUCAUCGAUCGUUUGCAUGACUUUGUGCAGGGUUGGCGGGCAUGA